ACUGAUUCUUCAAAAACAAUCUCUCACUCUCUAUAUAUGAUUACUUAUACACAGAAUUAUACAGACUGAUGUAAAUGCAAAACUGUGUGUAUAUUAAUUAGUAUAUAUAUAUAUUAUUAAUUUCAUACAAAGAGCUAAGUUAGUGGGUGAGUGUGUCUCGUUAGUGCUCUCUCUGUUUCUUCUGCUAUGAAACUUCAUGGCGAAUUUUGAGGAUAUGGUAGAGAAGAGAAUCAGUGGGGCUGCUGUUUUAUAAUUUUCUUCUUUUCUCAGUUCAUCGAAACUAUAACCCCACUACUACAACAACACAAACCCACACACACACACACACACAAAAUAGUUUUAAAAAGCAAACAAAAUUACAAAAACAAACGGAUCAAUAAUUCUUGCUUUUGUUUGUUUCUUUCUUCUUCUUUCUCCAAUCUCUAGUGUAACGUUUCAUGUUGUUUACACACGAGAGAAAAUUAAAAUAAAAAAGUUUUAGCAAGAAAGUGCGAGAAACUCGGGAGUUACAAACAAUUAUAAAAAUCUUUUCAGUUACUUUUUUCUUUUUUAUAAUAUUUUUUUCUUUCUGAUUUUAGUUUCUCUUUGUGACACUUUCAUUUUCUUACCAAAUCAUCAUGGAGGCAACAGAAUUGCAUUAAGCUUCAUCUUUCUCUGUAAAAACUUCCACAAUCUUCCAGUGAGUUAUGCUAAAGAAGAGAUCAAGAAGCAAGCAAGCUUUAAUGGCGGAAACAAACCAGAACCAGACGAAUCAAAAACAGAGUAAACCGACGCCGUUUCCAAGGCUCUUCACAGCUUUCAGUAGCUUCAAAAGCUUCACUGAAAACGACGCCGUCGCGAGCCCGACUUCGAUCCUCGACAACAAACCUUUCUCCGUUUUGAAAAACCCGUUCGGAUCCGACAACCCGAAACUCCAAGAAACCCAUCUCAAACCCGAACCCAGAAGAAUCGGACUCGCCAUCGUCGACUCUCUCAUCCAAGACGAAAACUCCGAACCUGGCUCCGGAACAAUCCUAUUCGGGUCACAGCUUCGGAUCCGGGUCCCGGAUUCUCCACGCUCCUCGUCGGACUUCGGGAUCAAAACGAGGAACUCUCAACCGGAGUCGACAACGAUGAAACCAACUUCCGGGUCAGGUCUCGGGUCUCCCCGGGUAUUCUCCGGCUACUUCUCCGCCAGCGAUAUGGAGCUAUCGGAGGAUUACACAUGCGUGACCUGUCACGGGCCUAACCCGAGAACCAUUCAUAUAUUCGAUAACUGCAUCGUGGAGAGCCAACCGGGCGUCGUGUUCUUUCGAAGCUCCGACCCGGUUAACGAAUCGGAUUCGGAUUGUUCCCCACCCGACAGCUUUCUCAGUAGUUGCUGUAACUGUAAGAAGAGUCUUGGUCCUCGUGAUGACAUUUUCAUGUACAGGGGAGAUAGAGCCUUCUGUAGCAGUGAGUGCAGAGCCUUGGAGAUGAUGUCUGAUGAAAAUGAUAAUUAAAUAUAUAAAAAAAAAGAAAAAAAAAGAGAGAGUAUGAUAAUAAUGACGUAAUGACUAAUAAUCAAUAAAAUGUUUAGAUAUGAAUUUUCAAUUUUGUUUAGUUGCUUUUUUUUUUUUGGUUGGGAGCAGAGAGAGUUUGGUAUCUUCAUUGUAUCUAUGUGUAUUAUGUGUCUACAUGCAUAAUCAUAUACUUUAAUAAUAACAGUAGAGAUCACAAUUAUAAAUGUAGCAAGUUCCAUUUGA